AUGGCCAAAUCGGCCAAGGCCAAGAAACCCUCUGCGCCAUCCAAGAAGCCCGAGAAAAAGACCAUCGCACCAAAGAAAUUGAGCAAAGAGUUCGUCCAGGAAAGCGAGGGGGAAGGUGAGGACUCCUCGAGCGAGGGCGAGUCACUCCCCGAGAAUCCCGCGGAUUCAAUCACCAAAAAGCAACGCCAAUUGGCUUCCUCAGAAGGAAGCAGUAGCUCCAGCGAAAUUGAGAGCGGCUCCAGCUCCUCUAGCGAAGAGGACGAAGAUACUGACGGGAGCGAUGAAUCCGAGGAUGGUCCAGUGAGAGCCCCGAAAGCCCCCACCGUAGCACCCGUUCCGUCUGGACCCUACGGUGUCCCGCCUCUAUUCAAAUCUGCAGCUAUACAGGAUGCAAAGCAAGCCCCGGCAGCUUUCAAAAAAUACAAAUCAGAAGGGAAGCAAAUAUGGUAUUUUACUGCACCAGCUUCUGUGCCCAUCUCAUCUAUCAAAAAGAUGUCACUUUCAGGCGUAAAAGCUCGCGAAAAAGUAUGCUCUCAUGACGGCAAUGACUAUGGAUUCGUCCAGGAUGUCGCCAAUGAUGGCACGGAGGCCAAGAUCAUGGUGCCUCAUGGGUCAGAGACUUAUCAAGCUGUUUCCAACCCCGUCGAUCAGAUAUUCCAUCUUCAACAGAUUCCCAAAUUACACGAUGGCCUAAAGGCCACAGUUCCAGCCAAGAAACCUGUUCAACCACAGCCCAAAGGCUUGAAAAUGCGAUUUCUUCCCUUAGGAUAUAGUGAUGGGAACGCUGGAAAUAUGGAUUCAAACAUAUCCUCUGAGGAUCCAGACGACGCGAACGUCCCUAAACAGUUCAAAAAGCCUGUUUCUAUGCCUUCAGAUAGCGACGAAGAUAGUGAAGCUGCAUCGGACUCAGAUGAAGAAAUGACCGAGGCCCCUCCUCUACCCUCAAAAGCAGCCACCUCUCGAAAACAGAAAUCUUCAAAGGCUUCCCCUGUUGAAAGCACUGCAAACGGUUCUGUGAAGAGAAAACAUAGCGAAGUGUCAGAGAAGAAAACCAAGAAGAGUUCGUCCAUCCCAGCAGCUAACCUAGACGGCAAACAGCUAAAACGACUGAAGACAAAGCAGACAAAACCCGAUAAGAGGAUCACAGGUGGACUCUUAGCGUUAGCUAGAGUUCGUGCCACCUCUCCGACCCCCCCGCUCAAACCAUCGACGGCGUUAACCAAAAGCGAAACUUCUAUACCCACUCCUAAACUACCAAUGCACCAGCCAGCAACCUCUCUACCGGAGCCAUCAGGUUCCCUUGGGAAACCAACUACGUCGAUAAUACCACCAACUAACCCCACCUUCAUUCCACCUCUACCUCACCAUGUAUCCAUCAAACCUCAGACAUCUCAAAUCCCAUCAAGUAAGAUUCCACAGGAGACGAGGAUCUCUGGUAAAAAAUCCCUCAAGAAAAAGGAUAAGAACCGACCCACGGCACCAGCGCGAGACAGUACCAGCAAGUCGUCUAUGAGAGGGCUCAUAAUCGCUACAGAUCCACCUCUCAUGUCGAACAAGCGACGGAUAAAGAGUAAGGAACUCCAGCGCGGGAAAUUGGGCUGGCCAUCUGAGGGGGAGGGGAAAAUUGAGAAUGAAUAA